UGCGCUCCGCGUUUGACGUGUGUUGUUGUGUCGAAUUUUUUGCUGUCAAUCUUUCGUAACGUAUUGAUAUCGUUGUGAAGUGUUUUGUUCUCGUUUUGUAAUAAAAAUCAAUCGAAAAUGGAGAGAAACGAUCGCAAAUCGAACUCUCGAAAUCACACAGUGGCUGUAGAUCGUGAAUCUGCAUAUGUUUUGCGAAAAGUCUUCAUGGAUUUCGCUAUUGUAUUUUGCAUUGGCUUCCUUAUCCUCGCGUUCUACCUAUGGGGCGUGCCCUACAACCGGGGCUUCUUCUGCGACGAUGAGUCCCUCAAGCACCCCUACAAGGAGUCCACUGUCACCAACGUCAUGCUGUACAUCAUCGGCCUCGGACUGCCGGUUGUCACGAUGAUUCUAACAGAGUGGAUAAGGCUCCGGGACUACAAGGGGCGGCCUCGCUCAGUGCUGGGCAAGGAGCUGCCCCCAUGGCUAUGGGAGGCAUACAGGGUGGUCGGCGUGUUCCUCUUCGGCUGCGCCUGUCAGCAGCUAACCACAGACGUCGCCAAGUACACUAUCGGGAGGUUACGGCCGCACUUCUUUGAUGUGUGCAAGCCGAACAUCGAUUGCAACUCAGUGGACAACAGAUGGCGGUAUAUCGAAGUUUUUGAAUGUCUGAACGACGAUAGGAAGCUGCUCAAAGAAAUGCGGCUGUCCUUCCCUAGUGGACACUCGUCGUUCUCAGCGUACUCGAUGAUAUAUUUUGCGAUGUAUAUCCAAAAACGUUUCACCUGGGACGGUUCGAAGCUCCUGAAGCACGCUCUCCAGCUUAUGCUGUUCCUCAUGCUAUGGUACACCAUGAUGACCAGGAUCUCCGACUACAAGCACCAUUGGAGCGACGUGCUCGCCGGGUCCAGUAUUGGAUUGCUGUACGCUGUAGUUGUGUUCCUCUUCGUCUCAGGGCUCCGCAAGACGCCACGAUCGCGACAAAACCUGAACCACCUUGACGCCGAACUGCACGCUACCAACGGCAACACCCGCUCAGCAACUCGUGUGCAGGUCUGACAUCCGACCCCCACCAGCUCCCAAUCCGUCAGCGAUGAGGAGCCAUGACAGGAGUCACCCAACGUCACCAUCUCUUGGAUCUCCCACGAGUAUAUGGACGUGUAAAACUGAUCCUGUGGUGACUUGAAGAAAGGUUGUACAAAUGUAGCAGUAGCUGUAGUUCUUCAGGCAGUUAGUGGGUUUCACACUUUAAUGACAGUUCUAUGAGUUAUCUAGAAUAUGAUUAUACUUGAACAUAUCGAGUGGAAUUGUAAUUUUACUGUUUGUUUAAUGGAUUGACAUAUCCUUGAUUCCUGCUGCUGGGGUCGAUAUAUCAAGUGUAAAAUCGUUUUCUAGAUGAUGUAUUUUAUGAAUUCUAUGUACCUAUUUAUCAUAAGGAAUUUCACGUUUACCAGCUGCUUGUUGAUUUCUGUUACGGUUCAACCCUUGUUAUGAACUACUUAAUUAAAAGAUGAGGUCAGUUUUAGUAUUAUAAGUGUGAAACUAGAUCUGGCGUUGACGUAUCACCAGUUUCCCAUAUCAGCAUGUUUGCAUAGAAAUAUGUGUUCUAACUGGUCAUUGUAUAUAAAAAUUAUUCUAUUUAUGCCUUAUGGACUCCUGUUUGCCCCGGUGGCGUAUUUAUGUACAAUAAUUAUAUUUGCUGUAAAUAAUAUUGUAAAAAUCGAUGAACUAAUUUGUUUAGAUGUUGUUAGUGAAAUUAUUCACUCACAUUUAAAUAUGUAUAUUAUUAUUGGCAACUACGAUAUUUUAUUUGUUGGUAUUUACAAUGGGGGCUAUUGUUAGUCAUUAUACUCCAUGUAUUGACUUAUAUUUAAGACUCAUUAAGGUUACUGAAUAGUGCAAUUUUGUUGUUAAACAAACGGUCUAAUAAGGAUAGAGAAUACGUUCGGGUAUUAGUAGUAUUAUUACUAACAUAUUCUAGUUGUUCCUAUCGCAAAAGAAAUAUCACACACGAUUUCUUUUCUGUUACGAUAUGACAUUUGACAUUGACAUUUGUCAAGUCAAGGGUGUCCAAGUUUUGAUCUUUCAAUGCAAUUUAAGAAAAGAUCUUCAGAAUCGCAAAAUUGUGGCAAUUUGCCACUUUACAGAAUUUAACAAAGAUCUUUA